CCCUCUCAAAUACCAUAUACGCGUACGGCAAGAAAUGGCAAUUGCUCGUUUACAUGCGCCAAUUUUGUGGCAGACGGCACAUAUUUUACGUCCAUUAAUAAGAACAGUUUAUGGAGUCUGUCCAUCUCGGUCUAUGAGCACGAAUGGAGCAAGUUGCUUGGAUACUACAGGAUCUGUUGUUCAAAGCGAACGGGCGGCUCGUUCUCAAAAUGGUUGUAUACCAGAAGGUUCCCCGGCUUCUGUUCUUCUUUCUCAUGAUACAUUGAUUGUCGAAAGACAAAUAGAGAUGUUAAAUGUUUUCAUGGGAUAUGAACAAGCAAAUCGAUACGUUAUAUUCAAUCAGCGUGCACAUCCCGUUGGUUAUAUCGCUGAACAGGGAGGAAAUUCCUUAAUUUCUGGUAUUUCACGUCAGUUAUUUCAUACACAUCGUGCGUUCACAGCCGAUGUUUUGGACUUACAAGGGCAACUUGUCCUACAGUUACAAAGACCCUUUUCCUGGAUAAAUUCUCGAUUGUUGGUGAAUUCCAUAGACGGAUCUAAUGGUGGAGUUAAGAAUGUUGGAUCUGUGAUUCAAAAUUGGCAUCUGUUUAGAAGAAAGUACGGCCUUUUCAUCAAUAAUGGUCAAGAAUAUACCCAAUUCUCACAGAUUGACGAACCCUUCCUCAGUUGGAACUUUGCCUUGAAGAAUGAAGAUAAUAAGAUGCUGGGAAGUGUUUCACGCAAUUUUAUGGGCCUGCCAAGAGAAAUGUUUACAGAUACUGGAAGUUAUGUUCUUCGAUUUUCUUCUCCCACUGCUGCAGAUGGAAACGUUGAAAACAAUCAGUUUUUACAGACUUCUGAAGGUUGCAAGGAAGACAUCUGUCCUAGAGAAAUGUCUUUAGAAGAACGUGCUGUGAUGCUUGGUAGCGCUGUAACCAUAGAUUUUGAUUACUUCUCACGCACUCGUCACGGAGCCUCAGUGGGUUUUGCGGUCCCAUUUAUGCAUUCAUCGUCUAUGGGCCCUACUUCAACACAUGUCCCACCGACUGAAGAUACUGAUGCACAGAAAAUUCUCCGCGAUGAUGAUGGCUCACAAACCAAACAAUCAUCACGCUCUUCUUUUGAUGACGGCCAGACAUUUACCCACUCUGAUUCGCCGUUUAUGAGCGAUGAGGAAGUGGAAACAUCAAAUGAUUUUUGGGAUAUAUUCGACAAUGACGGUUUUGGAACUGAUGACUAAAAAAACUACAGGCUAUUUUUGUUUAACUCGUUUUUAUUAUCUUCUUUUAUACUGAUAAAGUUUCUUAACUAGCACUUUUCAUGAAAAUUUAUGACAAAAUAGGAUAUGUUCUUCCCUCAUAGAACCAAUACACUCAACAUAGAAUUACACGAUUUAUGAGAAGCUUCACCGACUGUGAAAAUUAAUUUGUAAAGUUUAUUAUGAACAUAAGGUAAAAGAUAGUGC